GUUACGUAUUCUGUAAAAGUAGCUAUUCUUUAUGGACCGAAGAAACUUUGUUCCAUUACGCCUCCACUUCCCGAGCCCACACUAAAAGUAGUGUUAGGUGGAAAGUACACUGGUCAUGUGUCUUAAUUGAGCGCUCUUCUUUAAAGUUUAAUUCAUCAACUUAAUCAUGUUAAUAACCGGAGCUGUUAAACCUAUUCAUUUUUCGUUUUAUUUUUCUUCGUUUACUUUGGCAGUGAGUUUGACAGUGAUAUCGUGCCACUCUACCAAGUGUCGACAAAGUCCGUGUUAUUUACCACCCGUCCAUCCUUCCACCUUGGGGCUUAAAAAGUUUACACACCAUGCAUCCACUAGCAACGAUCUAAAUCCUUUGAUAAAUAAUCAACUUACCCAUGUUUAUUCACCAGCGCAAAAUGAGGAACACCAAAUUUUAAAUACCUCGAUCAAGCACAAAAACAUUCCUAAUUACAUGCUUGAUAUCUACAGUCAAAAGUCUCACAAAUUAGCCACUGGAAAUUCUUAUGAAAAUGUUCGAAAUUACAGAGCUAUUUCAGAAACGGGAGCUGACUAUUUUGAAAGUAUUUACCAACGGAACAAUCUUUCAAUUGUUCACCACUUGCUUUUUAACGUGACUGCUUUGCCAUCAGAGGAAUAUCUUCAAGAAGCGGAACUGAAAGUUUGGGCGUUAGUCCAAUGCUCGAAAGAAAAUCUAUUAGGAGCAAAUAGACGACUUUUCCGGAUCUAUCUGAUGAAUGGCUAUAACUAUAACCCAUGGGACUUGGAGAUUUUAGACUUCAAGUUUGUAAUUGAGUCUAAAGAAACCUGGCUAACUUUUAAUGUGACUCACGCGGUACAAUGGUGGAUGGAGAACAAAAUUAAUAUGCAAAUGUUACAAGUCCGAAUUGACCCUGUCCAGCCAGUCGAAGUAAAAUUUGGAUCAAUUGACAUUAGUCUUGAUCAAAGCAAUGGUGGAGGAACUGAGCCUCAGUUGGUCAUCUAUUCUUCAACGAAAGAGUUUAUGAAUCCUGAUCACAUGUUAACUAAACGAGACAUUGAUGUUUAUCCGCAUAGUCGCUCUAUGGGUAAAAACCAACGAAAAACAAAAUCAACCCCAAAUUGUCGGCGUCGCUCGUUGUACGUCAACUUUACUCAAAUAAAUUAUGACCAAUGGAUCGUGGCACCCGAAGGUUUCGAGGCUUACGAAUGUGUAGGUCGUUGCGAUUUCCCGCUCAGCGAUCAUCUCACUCCUUCCAAGCACUCUAUCCUGCAAUCAAUCGUGCACGCUAUUCAACCCGACAAAGUUGGAAAGGUAUGUUGUGUUCCGGUCCGCUUAGCACCCAUCAGCUUGCUCUAUUUUGAUGAACAGGGCAUUCUCACCUAUAAAUACCAUUAUGACGAAAUGGUUGUGGCAGAAUGUGGGUGUAGAUAAAUGAU